CUCUCAUUCUUAUUGCCUCUUUCCCAUGGCGUCAUCUCACCCUCGUUUCCGUGCGCAACCGCCGCGCCCCUCUCUCGGAACUCUUCGCCGCCUUCCCUCUCCUCAUCGGUCUGUCGUGAUCUCCCCUCCCCGGAGCUCAAUUCCUUCUCUAUAUAACUCUGUCCUGCAGACGAGACCCUUUUCCCGCGUCCGAUCGUCCCCCACGAACGGACCCGAGAAAGACCCGAACGGGAAGGCGCUGCAAGAUGAGGAGGUCAAAGAUUUGGGCGUCAGAGUGGCAUUAUCCAUGCUCAAGUUCUACAAGAGAGAAAUAUCGCCGCUGAUGCUGUCGAGCUGUCGGUUUGUGCCAACUUGCAGCGAGUAUUCGAUGGUGGCAUACAAAAAGUAUGGUGUGGUUAAGGGUACAAUCUUGACAGCUUGGCGUCUCUGCCGUUGCAAUCCUCUUGGUGGCACCGGAUUUGAUCCCCCCAGGUGGUUUGGUGAAGAAGAGUCAUUUGAAGAGCACUAAGGCAAAAGGUUGGAAGAGAUGAAUAUGGACGACCGUUUGGAUGAGCAAUAAACUGCAUUUUACGUUGGUCCAAUGAUUUCCAUGACAUUAACUCUGAACUAUUAACUCAUGGACAUGGAUGACCUGCACUUUUUGCGGAAAUUUAGCUUGCAACUUGUUUAAUCCUGCCCAACUAAUAUAUUAGUACUAAGGCAUUGUUUAUCGAGGCUAAACUAACAUCUGUUCUUACUGAAAUUUCAGGUGGCUUCUUAUCACUCGGCAAUGCAUCAAAUUUAACCAUGAUGUGUAUCUCAUUAUUAUAGGAUGUAGACAUUGUCUUCAGGUGACGUUAUUUUAGGAUGUAUAUCUAUUGAGUGUAAUUUCACACUACUUCUCUUCUUGUUGUGAUUUCUCGUGGAAUAUGUGCAGACUGCAUGCGCAAAUACCUAAUUUGAUUUAUCAA